AUGCCUCCAGCUUCCUCGUUACCUUCGUCCUCCUCCCUUCAGCGGCUCAAUAACAUCGCAAGUCACAUCUCGCCCGCCAUGCCCUUCACCACCAACUUCACCGCGGACCUUGUUCCCCAGGCGCCCGAGGAUCCUCUCUUCGGUCUCGCCAGAGAAUACAGGGCGGACACGAGCCCGCAAAAGGUCGACUUGGGAAUCGGUGCUUACCGUACUAAUGAUGCGAAGCCUUGGGUCCUGCCCGUGGUCAAGAAGGCUGAUGAGGUUCUGCGAAACAAUCCCGAGUUGAACCACGAAUAUGCGCCCAUCGCCGGCCUUCCUGAAUUCACCUCCAAAGCGGCCGAGCUGAUCCUCGGCGCCGACUCCCCAGCGCUCCGGGAGAAGCGGGCGGCGUCGAUGCAAACCAUCUCCGGCACCGGUGCCGUCCAUCUCGGUGCCCUCUUCCUCGCCAAGUUCUACAAGGGCAACCGAACGGUCUACCUGUCCAACCCGACGUGGGCAAACCACAAGCAAAUCUUCGGCAACGUCGGCUUGCAGGUUGCCGAGUACCCGUACUUCUCCAAGGAGACCAAGGGACUCGACUUUGAGGGUAUGAAGGCAUCCAUCCAGGCGGCACCCGAAGGUUCCAUCAUCCUGCUUCAUGCCUGCGCCCACAACCCGACGGGCGUCGACCCCAGCAUGGACCAGUGGAAGGAGAUUGCCACCAUCAUGGCCCAGAAGAAGCACUUCCCCUUCUUCGACUGCGCCUACCAGGGCUUUGCCUCGGGCAACCUCGCUCGCGACGCCGCCGCCAUCCACCACUUCAUCGAGAAAGGAUUCGAGCUCCUCGUCUGCCAGAGUUUCGCCAAGAACUUUGGCCUGUACGGUGAACGGGCCGGAUGCUUCCACUUUGUGACGAGCCCUGGAUCCGAUGCCUCUGCGACGAUUACGAGGAUCGCCUCUCAGCUCGCCAUUCUCCAGCGAUCGGAAAUUUCCAACCCUCCCCUGUACGGCGCCAGAAUCGUCAGCACCGUCCUGGGCGACGCCAAGCUGCGCGCCGAAUGGGAGGGGAACCUGGAGGAGAUGUCUGGCCGCAUCAUGAGCAUGCGCAAAGCCCUGCGCUCGAAGCUCGAGGCGCUCGGCACACCCGGCACCUGGAACCACGUCACGGACCAAAUCGGCAUGUUCAGCUUCACCGGGCUGACGGAGGCACAGGUUCUCCGCUUGCGUGAGGAGCACCACAUCUACAUGACCAAGAACGGCCGCAUCAGCAUGGCUGGUCUGAAUACCAACAACAUUGAUCAUGUGGCCAACUCGAUUAGAAAGGUGGUGGCGGAGACGCAGUGA